AUGGACUCUUCUUCGAAGAAGUCCAAACAAAGGAGUGAGAGACCUUCAUCUCCUGAAGACCUCAACCCUCCCACCAUCAUGAAGGAGCGCAGGCGAAAGGGUGAGAGCUUUUUGUCUUGUGCAGAAAACAAGCCCUCUACCACCAGGCAGCACGUACGAAGGUUUGAGAGCCCUUCCUCUUCAUCUUCUGAAGACAAGCAGCCUUCUACUCCAAGGCGGAAGCAAGCAUGGAUAGGUGAGAGCCCUUCGUCUUCCUCUUCUGAAGAUGAUGAGCCCUCUACCACCAGGCAACGAGUACGAAGGUUUGAGAGCCCUUUCUCUUCAUCCUCUGAAGACAAGCAGCCUUCUACUCCAAGGCGGAAGCAAGCAUGGAUAGGUGAGAGCCCUUCGUCUUCCUCUUCUGAAGAUGAGCCCUCUACCCCCAGGCAGCGAGUACGAAGGUUUGAGAGCCCUUCGUCAUCAUCUUCUGAAGACGACCAGCGUUCUACCACCAGGCAGCAAGAACGAAAGGAUGUGAGCUCUUUGUUCUUCGUAGGCACCAACAUGAAGGAGCGCAGGCAAAAGGAAAACACGCCCUCUACCACCAGGCAGCAAGAACAAAGGGCUGAGAGCCCGUCCUCUUCCUUUUCUGAAGAUGACCAGCGUUCAACCACCAGGAGGCAGCAACAACAAAGUCCUUUGUCCUUUGUAGACAUCAACCUUUCUACCACCUUUAGGCAGAAUGGAGGAAUUGGUGAGAGCCAUUUGCCCUGCAUUGACUCAUUGAUUGAGAGAGAGUUCUUUGAAAGAGAAAAGCAGCGUUUGGAAGAGGGUUUAAAAAGAGAAAGAGAGAGGUGUAAAAAUAUGAAGAGAAAGAACCAGGAGAAGGAGAGGAAAACAUUUAGUCUGCGUUCAAGAUUGUACACUUGGUGGCACAUUGGCAAGGUAGACUACACUACCACGGACAUCCAAGUGAUCUCUCGGUAUCUGAGCUACCUCCUGCGUUGUGGUAAGAAAGUAAACUUACAUUUUGUCACAUAAAAUGUCAUACAGGUACAUGUGUAGCCUCCUUUUAGAUCACAGUAGAUCAGUGGUGGAAUAAGUAUUCAAUUUCUUCACUAGUAAAAGUUCCAACAGCACUAUGUAAAAAAAAAAAAAAAAAGAACUCCAUUACAAGUAAAAGUCCUUCAUUUAAAGUCCUAAAAAGUGAAAUUAGUAUUCACUAAAUUCAUUGAAAGUAAGUAAAAGUAGUCGGAAAACCAGCCCAUGUGACUAAUAUAGGCUAAUUACAUUACAUUGAACCGUUACAAUGAAACACACAAGGUGUGUUAAUUAGAGGUGUUAGCUAAGAUAGCUCUUAUCUCACUUAUGGCGCCAGGCCAACAUAUAUUUUUAACAACUUGCAACAAAACAAAUAUGUUGACUAUUUCCUUUUGGGAGGGGUGCGAGUGUACAACUGGACUCCAGACUUAAC